AUGAAAUUCUCGGUUUUUCCUGUUGUACGURUAGCAGUUGAACCCAAGAAUCCUGCAGAUUUGCCAAAAUUUGUUAAAGGUUUGAAACGUCUUGCUAAGUCGGAUCCUAUGGUGCAAUGUAUCAUCGAAGAAUUUGGAAAGCACAUUAUUGCUGGUGCUAGUGAACCUAAACUUGAAAUCAGUUUGAAAGAUCUUGAAAAAGAUCACGCCUGUAUACCAAUUAAAAAGUCUGAACCCUUCGUAUCAUACAGAGAAACUAUUGCGGAACAAUCUAAUCAGUUGUGUUUGUCGAAAUCACCGAAUAAACAUAACCGUCUUUUCAUGAUGGCUUGUCCAAUGCCUGAUGGUCUUGCUGAAGAUAUUGACGAUGGUAGAGUUUUGCUUAAGAAGAGGACGUCUUCAAUAGGGUUGAGGCUUUACGAAGCACUUAAUAGUAGACUCUUUCGUGCUUCUCCUUUAAGGGGGGAGGUGUUAAGUCCUAGUGACGACUUUGUAURGCAAGGCGUAUUUUCCAAUGGUAACCAGCCUUACCUACAUUACCGACUUGUGUUAAGUUAUCACGAAUUUGUAAUAGUCGGUAUUGGAGGGGGUAUUUGGAAGCGAGUAGGGGUACCUACUACUCAGCCGUGCUGGGCUC